AUAGAGAGCGCUCCUCCUCCGUCUCUUCACCUCCCUCCAGCUAAAAAGGUGGACGGUGAAGGAGGCGAUGUGCUCGGCGGCGGAGUCCUCCUCCUCUCCUCAUUCUUCGCACGAUGGAGCCUCGGUUACAGCGGCUGAGCUCUUCCGCCUUCACUCCCACGCCUCCGCUUUUCUUAAGUAAAUAACUCAUUUCUUUACAUGUUUUUCGUCUUUCCUUCUCUCUCCACAGACGCGUUUGGCAAGAAAACUGCCGAAGAAGAAGAAUUAAGCAGCUUGUGUUUGUUUGGAUGGAGGAGUUGGAAUCGGUGAGAGUGCAUGAGCUGAAGUCAAGCUGGUUGUGAAGGUGCUGGACUUGUCCCCCCCUGCACCCCAGGCUGGACACAACAUGGCGGCGGGAGUAGCGGCAUGGCUUCCCUUUGCCCGGGCAGCAGCCAUUGGCUGGAUGCCCGUGGCCAAUUUGCCCAUGCCAGUGGCGCCCACUGAGAAGAACAAGCGGCAGGAUGAGCUCAUUGUUCUUAAUGUGAGUGGACGGCGCUUCCAGACCUGGAGGAACACUCUGGACCGUUAUCCAGACACCCUACUUGGGAGCUCAGAGAAGGAGUUCUUCUACAAUGAGGAGACCAAAGAAUACUUCUUUGACCGUGACCCUGAUGUGUUCCGUAGCGUGCUUAACUUCUACCGCACAGGCAAGCUCCACUACCCACGUUAUGAAUGCAUCUCCUCCUAUGAUGAGGAGCUGGCGUUCUUUGGCAUUGUCCCGGAGAUCAUCGGUGACUGCUGCUAUGAAGAGUACAAAGACAGGAGGAGGGAGAAUGCAGAGCGUCUGAUGGAUGAUCAGGAGGACAACAAGGACAGCAAGCUGCCAAACAUGACCUUCAGGGAGACCAUGUGGAGGGCUUUUGAGAACCCCCACACUUCCACCAUGGCUCUUGUCUUCUACUACGUCACUGGCUUCUUCAUCGCCAUAUCUGUCAUCACCAACGUGGUGGAGACAGUGCCCUGUGGCUCUUCCCCCAAUCAGAAGGAAGUGCCAUGUGGCGAACGCUACACUGUGGCCUUUUUCUGUAUGGACACAGCCUGCGUCAUGAUCUUCACAGUGGAGUACAUGAUGCGUUUGUUUGCGGCACCCAACCGCUAUCGUUUCAUGAGAUCUGUCAUGAGCAUCAUUGAUGUGGUGGCCAUAUUACCCUACUACAUCGGCCUGGUGAUGACUGACAAUGAGGACGUGAGCGGCGCUUUUGUGACGCUGCGUGUUUUCCGUGUGUUCCGUAUCUUUAAGUUCUCCCGUCACUCACAAGGCCUGCGUAUUCUGGGCUACACGCUGAAGAGCUGUGCCUCGGAGCUGGGCUUCCUGCUCUUUUCCCUCACUAUGGCCAUAAUUAUCUUUGCUACCGUCAUGUUCUACGCAGAGAAGGGUUCAACCUCCAGCAAAUUCACCAGCAUCCCGGCCUCCUUCUGGUACACCAUCGUUACUAUGACAACGCUUGGGUAUGGAGACAUGGUUCCGAAGACAAUUGCGGGGAAGAUCUUUGGUUCAAUCUGCUCCCUGAGUGGGGUUCUGGUAAUCGCCCUCCCUGUCCCUGUCAUUGUGUCCAACUUUAGUCGCAUCUAUCAUCAGAACCAGAGAGCAGACAAACGGCGGGCACAGAAAAUGCAGAAAGCCCGCUUGGCCAGGAUACGAAUAUCGAAGACGGGCAGCUCCAGUGCCUUCCUCCACAGCAAGCGCAACGGCCUGUUCAACGAAGUGCUGGAGCUCACGCAACUUCCAUACAAGAUGAACCUUUCAUAUCAGAGUUCUGAAGAGGAGCAGCAGUUAAGUAAGUCCACGUCGCUGUUAGAGAGCCAGCACCACCACCUGCUGCACUGUUUGGAGAAAACCACCAACCAUGAGUUUGUGGAUGAGCACUAUUACCAACAAAGCUACCUGGAGGCGGGGCUACAGAAUUACACAUCUCGUAGCCCCUCCCUCUCCAGCCAAGAUGGCUUAACGGGCACAUGCUGCACUCGGCGAAGCAAGAAGCGACACGCCCCUUUACCCAACUCCAGUGCCACAGCACACAUGCAUCCUUUGGCACGCCCACACACACACCAACAAGGCUUACAGGAGCUCAGCACCAUCCACAUUCAGCACCUGAGCACCAGCCGCUCCAGUCUCAACAUGCGCAUGGACGAGCCGGCUCCUCUCAACUGCCAGAGCAGCCAGAUCACCACAGCAAUCAUCAGCAUCCCAACACCGCCGGUGACGACCCCCGAGGGCGACGCCCAUCUGCCCGCAGGCCUCGCACACCAAAACGUCGUCAAGGUGUCUGCACUGUGAAGACUGGAGUGCAGGCGUGUUGCACAGACAGACAGAUUUAAGACUCAGUAAGACAGACUGAGGGACGGAGGAGGACUGGGAAUCACGAGAAGGUGGUCAGAGUCCUCGUCUGGCUGUGGUGAAGCCUGACCUCUGCUGGUCAUGUACUGUAGUGACUUGGACUCCUGACUCAGUUGGAGGAUGGAUUUUAGAUCCAUUGUGUUGGUGUUAGCCGCUUGUGUGUGUGUUUGUGUGUGUGUGUGUGUGAGAGAGAGAGAGAGAGAGAGAGAGAGAGAGAGAGAGUGAGUAAAACGUGCCUGGAGAGUGGGUUAGAAUCAGGUGUGUUGUAGAGUGCCUCCAAAGUGUCGGACGAGUUCCCAGAAUAAGUGUCACUGUGCACAAAAGCACCUUUUUAUGAUUUUGGCUUCAGUUUGACCCUCGUGGAUUUUUGAACAGGAGCUGUGAACUGAAGACUGACAGAAAUCAAAUGGGAGGGCAACAAAAAAAUAAUAAAAUUCAACAUGAUCCCAAAACAUUUCCCACGGACUCAUCAUGCCCAUCGUCACUUUUGGUUCCGCCGCUUGAAACACGCCACCAGAUCCCAGAUCCCCUUUGUGAAAUCCAAUAGGUGUGUUUGUGGUGGAAGUUAAUCUGAAUGGGAGUAUCUGAUUUUUUAUUUAAUUUUAUUUUAUUUUUCUAGCUAAAGGAAUUGUGGUGUGGUUAUAGGAUACUGUGCCUGUUUCUGUGUGUUUUUGUCCAUUGAUUGAAAACUUGAGUUUCAGUUCUUCUGGAAGUCUCUUAGGCUCAUUAUGAGGUAUAUUUGACUAUCUGCCACUAUGAAGGGUUCCCUGUACACAUUUCUGUCCAAAAUUCUCAGUUGCAAGCCUUUUUACAUGACAUGUGCCUGUUUAACCGGCGUGGAGGGAAAGAAAUUGCUUUUGUUUUCUGUUCCUAGGUUUUCUGCCUGCUCUCUUCCUUUUGGCGCUUAGAGCCUGCAGACGUGAAAGAAACUGACUUUGACCUCUUGUGUUUGUAAAAUUAUGAGGUCAUCGGACAGAGAUGUUUGGUGACGCCAAUAGUCUUGUGGGUCCUGGGGCUUCCGGUCUUACUGUGUGGCUGUGAGGCUUGGAUGCGACCUAAUGUGAUGACUAGAUGUCUUUGGUCUUUAGGUGUCUCCGGAGGAUCUUUGAGUACCGCUGGAAUGGCUUUGUGUUAAAUGAGCGGUUACUUAGGGAGAUUCAGAUGAGAAGUAUUACUUACAUUGUGAGGGAGCGCCACCUUUGGUCAUGCAGCCUGUUUCUUUGAGCGCAGUCCAGCGUGUUGAGGACUGCAGUGACUGGAGAAGGCCAAGGUCACCCCCACGCUCCACCUGGCUGCAGCAUAUAGAUAGUUCCUUUAUAGAUGCACUGGUUGUCUGCCUGGGUAGUUGCCAUUCAGGACUCAAGGUGAUUCUCUAAGGUGAUGGAUGAGGCAACAUGAGGUAGCAGUGCAUGCUUCCAGACCUGACCUGAACUCAGAACACCACAUUUAAUUAAAAGCACAAGGCAUUCACUGAGAAUUUCUGACACAAAUUUGACGUUAGCCCGGAUUCUUUGUGUAUAUUGUUAAUAGGAUAUUUUGUAAUAUUUGGCUAUCAUUUGGCAGAACCAGUAACGCUGUCCUCUCGUUCUCGCCCUCUCGCUUCCUCCCUCAUGCUCUUCUCUCUCGUCGUCGUCCCGUUGCAUCCCGACCUUCUGUGUGAACAGUAUGCUUUCGGUAAUCUUUAUAGCUGUCGAGCAUUUUCUUCUUCUCCAAACUCGGCGGCCUUUUUCCAAAGUUGUUGCGUAUGUGUACUCUUUGUGCUUAGGAAACUUGGUGUUUGUAAUUCUUUGUCUUUCUCUGUGUUUCAAAGGAUCUAAUUUCUUUUCAUUUGAAGCAGGCAGGGAAGCCUGUUGGACAAGAGGCCGCACUAUCUACUCCGAACUAUCCGCAAAUCUCCAAUCUGUCUGUUCUCUCAACUCACAGCCUGGUGGUGUAACUUUAGCAUUUGCUGUCAUCGGAGUUGACCUUUGUACCCCUGAACGCUGACCUUUCAGCUCUGCUAACCUCACAGUAUGUCUGUUUCAUCUUGAAUGUCAUUCCAAAUCCAACAGCUACACAGACGGGACUUUGGAAUAUCUCAUGAUGCCAGUUAAACAACAGCUGAUUAGGAACAUGCAGAUGGAACCUAAACAUCAGCACAUCGUCUUUUUCAGCCAACGGCAUUCAGUCACAAGCAGUACUGCAGUUUCUGUAGUAAAUAUUCUGCUGAUGUAAUCAAACUGCUCAAUUAGAAACUGAGAAAAACGUAUCAAAGACUCUGUUAGUCUCCUCUGUUGUGUAUUAGUUCUCUCUGAUCCUACGGUAAAGUACCAGCCCAAAGAACAUCAAAAACCUAGACUUGGAGCAGGAUGUAUUUUACCUCUGUUUUCCUAGUAGUGGCCUAGUACUAUUGCUGGUUAUCUUAGUACUGUACAUGGUGACAAAAGCCUAGAUCCAGUGUUAGUGUUUAGUUUAGCUGUGUGCUAAUUUAACUGGACUAGGAAAAAAAAAUACAGGCAUAAAUUCUAAGUGUCAUUUUAAAAAUGAGGUUAAAUACGUUUAAUUAUGGUUUAAUCAUCACAGCAUCAAGUCGGUCUUUUAGACUUAAACUACAACAACGGUGGUAACAUGGGUAACAGAAGUCCAGUUUGUGUUUUGUCUUGCUAAGACGUUGAUAAAAUGGCAUUUGUCCCCUGCGUGCCUGUUUCAAGACAGAGCCCAGUUUCCCAAAGCAUCUUAAAGCAGCACUUCACAAUUAUUCAAGCACAAAAUAGCACCCCCACCCCAUCCAAAAAAAGCUACCGUGUUGGAUUUAGUGGUGUUUAUUAGCAAAUAUAGAAUACAGCAUUCAUAACCAUCUGUUCAUUAGUAUAUAAUUACCACCAACAUUGAAUCAUUGGGUUUUUGAUUAGCUUACACUGAACCCUUCACAUCACCAUAACGUGACAUUAAAUCAUACACACUGUAGCUUUAAAUCAUCGUUUUUAACAUUCAUGGCAGCAGUCACCAUUUCCAAAGUAAAACAAAUCCACUAGGCUAAAAACAGACUUGCGGGGAUGUUUUGCUUCAACAAUCAUAAAGACGUCCCUUUAAGGCCAAGGCUGUUGGUUUGGAACCAUUUUAGCUUUAAGGUGCUUUUGGGAAACUGUUAUUUAGUGUCAGCUGCACUUUGAAUGACAGUUUGAAUUUGUAUUAUAAGCAUCUUUUUGCUCAACAUGUCAAACAAUUGCAUUUUUCUUUACCAACAAAAACAGAUCUGUGAUUGUGUUUGUCUCUGUUCUGUACUCUUUAGCUCGUCUUUUUCUCUCGGUCAGUUUUUCUCUCACUCUUUGCUUUACCCUCCUAUGCCACACGUCAUUGAGACUACUGCUGUGUGUAUCUUGUCAGGUGUUGGAUAUUAUUUAUGACUUUGUCUGGUGUCCCGACUGUGAAACGCCUGAUAAAACAUCUGUAUCUGCCACAAAUAA